UAGGGUGGACCGAUCGCACAUGUGCCCUAAGGUAGAGUCGGCCUGGAACGUUACAACAGAGUUUUAGCUGAGCCGCCGUGAAGACUUUUCUAAGCAGUGGUCAAAUGCCACUGUAUGCGAUUUUGCCCACCCCCACUUUUGCGGCGAAACCUUUAUUUUGAAAGAGAGGAACCAGAAGCGUCGCCAGUGGACCGCGAGCCACUGAAGAAGAUCCGAGAAAAUAAGAGCUGGUUGGUUGGAACAGUUGGAACAUUAGAAUUCGGUUCUUUAGACGGACUGUAACGUGGUUUUCAACUGCGGCUGUUUGCAAGAUGGCUCCCACGAACGUCUUUCAGCCGUACACCUCAGAAGCCGGAUGCAGCUGCCCACUGGAGUCAGAGCUGCGAGCAGUGCUGCAGCAAAGGAUCAUGGUCUUGGAUGGUGGAAUGGGAACAAUGAUCCAGCAGCAUAAACUUGGAGAAGAAGAUUUCAGGGGGGAUGAGUUCAAAACGCAUGCAUUGCCACUGAAGGGCAACAAUGAUAUUCUCAGUAUCACACAGCCAGACAUCAUUUACAAAAUACACAAGGAGUACCUGCUGGCUGGUGCUGACAUCAUAGAAACCAACACAUUCAGCAGCACAUCCAUCGCCCAGGCAGACUAUGGACUGGAACACAUGACUUAUCGUCUCAACAAAGCAUCAGCACUGCUGGCAAGGAGGGCUGCUGAUGACAUCACCAAACAAAGCGGUAGUAAACGGUAUGUGGCUGGGGCAGUGGGUCCCACCAACAAAACCCUGUCUGUUUCACCAUGUGUGGAGAGACCAGACUUCAGGAAUAUCACGUUUGAUGAGCUGGUAGAAGCCUACUCAGAGCAGGUCAGAGGUUUAUUAGAUGGAGGAGUAGACAUCCUUCUUGUGGAAACCAUCUUUGACACUGCCAAUGCCAAGGCUGCCUUGUUUGCGAUCGACCUGUUAUUUGAAAAGAGCCACGAACGAAAGCCGAUCUUUAUCUCAGGGACCAUUGUUGACCGCAGUGGACGAACUCUGUCUGGCCAGACAGGAGAAGCCUUUGUAGUGAGUGUAUCCCACGCUAAUCCACUCUGUAUUGGUCUCAACUGUGCUUUGGGGGCAACAGAGAUGAGGCCGUUCAUUGAGGCCAUUGGAAAAAGCACCACAGCUUUCAUUAUCUGUUAUCCCAAUGCAGGCCUUCCCAACGCAUUUGGAGGGUAUGAUGAAACUCCAGAAGUAACAGCCACUAAUUUAAAGGAGUUUGCUAUGGAUGGACUUGUAAAUAUUGUAGGAGGCUGUUGUGGGACUACCCCAUCACAUAUCAGAGCCAUAUCUGAAGCGGUCAAACAUUGCCAGCCACGAGCUCCUGUUGCUGAUAUUUAUCAAGAUUACUUGCUGCUCUCUGGUUUAGAACCAUUCACGAUUGGCCCGCACACCAACUUUGUAAACAUUGGUGAGCGCUGCAAUGUGGCUGGGUCACGCAAGUUUGCCAAGCUGAUAAUGGCUGGAAAUUAUGAGGAGGCUCUGAGCAUUGCUAAGGCCCAGGUGGAGAUGGGAGCUCAGGUCCUGGAUAUAAACAUGGAUGAAGGGAUGCUAGAUGGGCCGACAGCCAUGGCCCGAUUUUGUAACUUCAUUGCUUCUGAGCCAGACAUUGCACGGGUUCCUUUAUGUAUAGACUCCUCUAACUUCUCGGUGAUUGAGGCUGGGCUGAAAUGCUGCCAGGGGAAGUGCAUAGUAAACAGCAUCAGCCUGAAGGAGGGAGAGCAAGAGUUCCUGCUCAGAGCUGCCACUGUGAAGCGUUACGGAGCUGCUGUGGUGGUCAUGGCUUUUGAUGAGGAGGGACAGGCAACGGAUACAGAGCGUAAAGUGGAGAUAUGCACUCGAGCCUACAAGUUGCUCAUCAGCAAAGUGGGAUUCAACCCCAACAACAUCAUCUUUGACCCCAACAUCCUGACCAUCGGUACAGGCAUGGAUGAACACAAUGAGUAUGGAAUCAGCUUCAUCAGGGCCACCAAACUUAUCAAGGAAACUUUGCCAAGAGCCAGGGUGAGUGGAGGCCUGUCCAACCUGUCCUUCUCUUUCCGAGGAAUGGAGGCCAUCAGAGAAGCCAUGCAUGGAGUGUUUCUGUACCACGCUAUCAAAGAUGGUAUGGAUAUGGGAAUAGUGAAUGCUGGAAACCUGCCAGUUUAUGACAACAUUGACAAAGAACUGCUGUUACUGUGUGAGAACCUCAUCUGGAACAGAGAUGCUGACGCUACUGAGAAACUAUUGGCCUACGCACAGAACAAUGCGAAAGGAGGGAAGAAAGCGGUUCAGACAGAUGAGUGGAGGGAACAAUGCGUGGAGGAGAGGUUGGAGUACGCUCUCAUUAAGGGAAUAGAGAAGUAUGUUGUGGAGGAUGUUGAGGAGUGCCGGAUUCAGGUUCACCGCUACACUCGACCCCUUCGUAUCAUUGAGGGACCCUUGAUGAACGGCAUGAAGGUGGUGGGAGACCUGUUUGGAGCUGGAAAGAUGUUUCUGCCACAGGUCAUCAAGUCGGCUCGUGUUAUGAAAAAGGCGGUUAGUUAUUUGAUUCCUUUCAUGGAGAAGGAGAGGCAGGAGAUGAUGGCUGCAUCCGGGUCAUCUGAUGAGACGAAUCCCUAUCAAGGCACUGUAGUUCUGGCUACAGUGAAGGGAGACGUCCAUGAUAUUGGCAAAAACAUUGUAGGUGUAGUGCUGGGUUGUAACAACUUCAGAGUGAUUGACCUGGGGGUGAUGGUUCCCUGUGAUAAGAUCCUCAGAGCAGCCAUCACACAGAAAGCAGAUGUCAUUGGUUUGUCUGGUCUCAUAACCCCCUCUCUGGAUGAGAUGAUCUAUGUUGCCAAAGAGAUGGAGAGACUGGGAAUGACGACACCACUGCUUAUUGGAGGAGCCACCACAUCAAAGAUACACACAGCAGUGAAGAUUGCCCCUCGCUACAGCUUCCCUGUUAUCCAUGUUCUGGAUGCCUCCAGGAGUGUGGUGGUGUGUUCGCAGCUGCUGGAUGAAACUUCAAAGGAAGAGUAUUUUGAGGAGCUGAAAGAGGAGUAUGAAGCAAUCAGGCAGGAACACUAUGAGUCCUUGAAGGAUCGCCAGUACUUGUCUCUUUCCCAGGCCAGAGAGAAGGCAUUAAAGAUAGACUGGCACUCUCUGCCCAAGACAGUAUGUCCUCAAUUCCUGGGCACCCGUGUGUUUGAGUUGUACAACCUAAACAGCCUGGUGGACUUCAUCGACUGGAAGCCCUUCUUUGAUGUGUGGCAGCUGAGAGGAAAAUACCCCAACAGGGGAUACCCCAAGAUCUUCAAUGACAAGACCGUUGGUUCAGAAGCUCGCAGAGUCUUUGAUGACGCCCAGCAGCUGCUCAACCAGAUAUUCGACAACUCCAGUCUGAAGGGCCGGGGCCUUGUGGGCUUCUGGCGUGCCCAGAGCAGUGGUGAUGACAUCAGGGUGUACAAAGAUGAUGUCACAGUGCACAGAGACACCAAACCCAUCACCACGUUUCAUGGCUUACGGCAGCAGGUGGAGAAGGACAGCUCCUCCUCCGAGCCCUACCUUUGUGUGUCUGAUUUUGUGGCCCCUGUAGACAGCGGUGUGGCAGACUACAUUGGAUUGUUUGCUGUGGGUGUGUUUGGAGCUGAGGAGCUGAGUCAGCAGUUUCAAGCUCAAGGAGAUGACUAUAGCAGCAUCAUGGUCAAAGCUCUGGCUGACCGACUGGCUGAGGCAUUUGCCGAGGAGCUUCAUGUUCGUGUGCGUAAGGAGCUGUGGGGCUACAGUGCUGACGAGGCUCUGCAUUCCUCGGAUCUUCACAGAAUUCGAUACCAGGGAAUCAGGCCGGCAGCUGGCUACCCCAGCCAGCCUGACCACACAGAGAAGAUCACCAUGUGGAACCUGGCAAAUAUACAGGAGAAGACUGGCAUUGGUCUGACGGAGUCCCUGGCCAUGACGCCUGCUGCCUCUGUAUCUGGACUUUACUUCUCCAACCCUCAGGCCUCAUAUUUUGCCGUAGGAAAGAUCACCAAGGAGCAGGUGGAGGACUAUGCCAGGAGAAAAGAGAUGAAUGUGGAUGAGGUGGAGAGAUGGUUGGCUCCCAUCCUGGGUUAUGACAACGAAGUAUAAGGUGCAACAAAGGAUUAGGUUUACAGUCCAACCGUUUCACUUUGGCACACACGAGUUGUUGCCGCUGACGGUCCCUCUCACUCACAUCCCAGCAAGUAUUAUUUACCAACUUGUGAAAACAAAGCCUCAACCUUUUACUCUAAAUUUUUAAACUCUUGUUUCAGAAAUGGUCACAUACAGUGUUUCUUUUAGUCCCUUAUGACAAGCUUCUGGUCAUUUAAACUUUGUGUACGGAACACAAGAUGUCGUAGAAGAAUUGUCUGUUGAUGCAGUCAUUUUGUCAGUUUUUCACGAGGAGAGAAAUAGAGUUGCAUGUUGGGUAUGUUGGGUCUCUCCUGUGGUCCUACACAAUCCAGCUAAAAUGAUCUCUAGUACUGAUAUCCUUGGGCUUGUUUGGGUACAUUGGUAGGAUUUUUGAUUUUUAGUGACACUUUCACCUUCUUUUCACCUUCAGCAUUUGAAAUGUUUUAAUUUUUCAUGAUUGCUGAAAUUGCUGCAUUUGUUAUCUUUAAAGCGAUUGGUUAACAUUUUGAAUGAUGUGGUGUUUUUUCUUUCUUUUGAGAAUGAAAUGUAACUGUGGCUAUAAUAUAACGCUCAUGUCUGUGUGUUUAGGAGCAGAGCUCAAACCAAGACAUGCUGCACCUAGCUUAAAAAAAAAUACUGGAAGAAGGAGAACAUUUAAUCUAACUGUUUAUGGGUGAUCCAUCUUUCUGGUACUGGAGAGAUAGCCAAAGAGGGGUAUUUAAAAAAAAAAACAAAACAAAGCAAAAUACCUAAUUAAGAUUAUGAAAUGCUCUUGCUACACAUUCAGUGCCAGAUUUCAGGCUGUGCAAUUUGAUACUUGGUGGAACAGACCACUUUGCUGUGCCUUCAAACAAAAAUGGCUUUGAUAAACUGUAGAAGUGAAGCUUUCUGAACAGGAUUAACACAUGGGGGGAAAAAAAUACAGACUACAAACAAAAGAGAGCUUCACUCUGAAGGCUAAAAGCAAACCAAUGACAUAUGGCUAAUUAAUAACAACAGAUUUCACACUAGUUUUAUAUUUGUGAAAGUAAAAUUGUAGUUAAAUACAGAAUAUAUUAAUUUCAGGUUUUAACAGUAUUUGUCUGGAAACUCAAAUGUACUAGUAUACUAGAUAACAUGAUAAUAAUAACACAGUUACAGUAUGUUGGUCAAAUUAAAAAAGCCACACGUCCAUAAGUAAUGCACAUUUCAAACUCCCGUGUCAAUGAUUGUCAUGUCUGCACAUUUAGUUUACUUUAAACUACAGUGGAGAUGAAUUUAAACCAGUAUAGCAGGAAAAAAACAUUUUUUUAAGGUACUUUAUCCCUACACGAAUGUCUUGUUUUUGCUGACUUCUAGUGCUAUAGCAAGUUUUGCACACACACACACAGAAGUGAAACAAGACAGUGGAUGUGUUAGUUUAACUACCUGCUUUGUAAUUCCUCCUUAAAUGCCAUCAGGGCCAUAAACCUAAUGUAAAUAAACCAGAUUAUCAUAAUGUCAGCUUUAUAUACCAGAUUAAAAUUGUGUGCGCAUUGUUUUAUCUGGACACAGCUCAUUUCAACUAUACUGUUUGAAUUUUUGAACAUCAGGGUGGCUGGUGAUCACUGCUGAUCUGUUUCUUUUGUGUAGUUUGUUUUACUAACAUCUUAUCAUAGUACUGAGGAGUUGGUAUACUACAACAAAAACCUCACAUCAAUAUGGGUAUUGUGAUUGAAAAAUAUAUGCAGUUAGUUGUUCAAUACUUAAUACUUGACAGACUAAUGGAAAAAUAUGAAAGAUGUGGGAAUAAAGUUUUUUCUAGAACAGUCUUUAACAUUUUCUGAUACUUGUGGGAUGUCAUAAAAGCAAAAGUUUAUGGACAAUAUUUCAGGGUAUUUUGUGACGAUAGCAAGUGCUAAGCUUAAAAAGGUUCUGAGGUCCAGUCAUGUUCUGAUGGAAAGCUGGGUUAACCCAACCUGGCAUUUCAAAACUGUGUCCUGCUCACCAAUUAAAAGCCUGCUUUCCACACUGUCAGAUGCAGCCAAUUCCUGUUGACAACCACAAAUGUUUUACAUGAAUUGUCUGUGUCCCACACACUAAGAUCCUGAAACAUCUCCUGAUAUGACAAAUGAAAAAGAUUUGUUGGCCUCCUUACAAUACUCAGUGCUUUGGUGUCUGUUUUGCUUUGUGUGGAACUUUGAUACUUUCACAGUCCCUUUUAUUUGGUUACAUCAAAGACAAUGUGGAUUUAUGAUGGUGCAUCAUUGAAAACACUAUAAAAACUAAAAAUAAAACAAUCAGACUUAAAAUUGUA